CCUCGCUGGCCCCCUCCAUCACCACACCCUACACUCAAGUUAUCAUGCAGUUCAUGGGUGGCGUACUUUUACCCUACAUUGCCACUGGGGCUCCACCACAGGUUUAAUUUGAGCUCAGAGUUUAUUGUGGAUUAAUCAUCAGCUGAACGUACUCCUUCCUGGUGGAUAAGAUGGCCGAGUGUGGGGCUGAAGGUGAACUAUCUCAGAGGCAUCUUGAUGUCAAGGAACAACAAAAUGGAGAGCUGACAGACUCAGAGCUGUCUGUGGAUGAGAGGAAACAGAGGGACAGGGAGGAGCGCGAAACUCUGGUGCUAUGGAAGAAACCUGUGCUCACACUCCACUACUUCACUCUGGAACUGCUCAUAAUCCUUAAAGAGUGGAUAUGGAGACUCUGGCAGCAAAGACAGACUGUGUUUGGCCUGCUGAUCCUGCUUAUCCUUCUCUCCAUUGCCUACUGUACUGAAGGAACACACCAGAAGUAUGUGCGCUACAUGGAGAAGAAGACCCUGUGGUGUGCCUACUGGAUUGGUCUUGGCAUCCUCUCUUCGGUGGGUCUUGGCACUGGCCUGCACACUUUCCUCCUUUACCUGGGACCACACAUAGCAUCAGUGACUUUGGCGGCUUAUGAAUGUGGCUCAGUGGAUUUCCCCGAGCCACCUUAUCCAGACCAAAUAGUCUGUCCCCAGCAGGAAGCACCGGCACAGGGCUCUGAUGCUGAGCAGGUGGGCGUGGAUCCUGUGGGGACGGGCGGCUUGGUGGGAGCAGCAGCCAUCCAGGGAAGCAUUUCUCUCUGGACCAUCAUAUCCAAAGUCCGCCUAGAAGCUUGUAUGUGGGGUGCAGGUACAGCUAUAGGAGAACUUCCUCCAUACUUCAUGGCCCGGGCAGCACGGCUGUCUGGCACCGACCCCGAUGACGAGGACUACCAGAGAUUUGAGGAGAUGCUGGACCACACCCAGUCUGAUCAGGACAUUGCCACCCGAGCAAAAGUUGCAGUACAGAAACUCAUACAGAGGGUGGGAUUCUUUGGAAUUUUAGCAUGUGCUUCUAUUCCAAACCCUUUGUUUGACCUGGCAGGAAUAACAUGUGGACAUUUUUUGGUUCCCUUCUGGACUUUUUUUGGUGCAACACUAAUUGGGAAAGCAGUCAUCAAAAUGCACAUUCAGAAACUGUUUGUGAUCGUCACCUUCAGCAGGCAUAUAGUUGAGCAGAUGGUCUCCCUCAUUGGAGCUGUUCCACUGCUGGGUGCGGCACUGCAGAAGCCCUUCAGGGAGUACUUGGAGGCCCAGAAGGCCAAGCUGCACCAUCAUGCUGGAGAGGGGAUCCCAACUGAGGAGAGCUGGCUGUCGUGGCUCUUUGAGAAGGUUGUGGUCAUCAUGGUAUGCUUCUUUGUCUGCUCCAUUGUCAACUCCAUGGCCCAGAGCUGCGCCAAGCGCGAGCAGCAGGAGAAGUACUCGGAGGGCAAGACACAGUGAAGGCCAGCGAAUGCUCAUGGAGAACCAUCAACUUUUGAAGCUCCUCACCUCGUUUCUGCUGCAUUACCUGAAACAAAAUAUCAGCCUCCAUCUGGUUUCUCUCUUGUUAUUGUGGCAACUUGUUUAUGUUGAACUUGGACUUCCAUUAACUUGCUUCUGAAGGUUUUGCAUUUGGUAGUGAUUUCCACGGUUGUGCUCUGUAAGGUAGGUGCUCAGUGGGGUGCGUGUGAGUAAGCUGUAGCGUUAUUAAGUGUCCGUGUUGGUGCUUUUAGCAGCUCCUGAGCACGUGAGAAGCUGCUGGCAGUAAUUCUUCUUAGUGAGGCCUUAAGCUGCACUGUUCACUUCAGUAGAGGAACCUUAAAGUCUUACAUGCCCAUAGAGUCACUUGAAUUCACUGUAUUUGAAUAAGUUAGGAUUACUACUUUUGAUUAUGUGGUGCAUGUUCUGAAAAACCAGCAUCUUUAAAUUAAUUUGUUCAUUAACCUAUUUAUUUAUUAUUUAUAUUUGCUGCUUUAAGGUAUUGUGUAUUUAUUACUAUACUGUAGAGUUGUUGUGCAAUAUUGGCUGCAGAUAGAUAAGACAUGUAAAUGGUCUGUGAAUAAUUGUGUCCACUUCAGAGCCAUCCCAUUUCUUCAUAUUGUAGGAGUCAAUUGUGGUUGAGAUGUUGACGAGUGUUUCAUGCCAUUUGUGGGGCUUUAGGUGGCCUCUUCUUUUGCGGGUGCAGUAGAGCUCAUCUCGGUACUUUUAGGUGAGAAAUGAUAAAUCGGCCAUGAAUCACCCUGCUGGUCCCUUUGUCUGCCCUUAUUGUUCUGCUUCCAGGAAGAGAGCACGAGUCAGCUCGGGGCUACUUUACCAGAUGCAGCCAUAUAUUGAAUCAGAUCUAUGUCCGUGUGUGCGCGUGCCUGCGUGUGAGGCACAGAGCGAGACGGAGAUAGUAGGUUGCGUGGCUGCCACAUUUGUUGCUCUCUCUUUUAUCUUUUAUGGAUUAGGACAGAUUGUGCUCCACUAAUAGACUCGGAGUUUCACUGAGAGUUGUUCUACAGCAGAUAGUAGCUGUCCCCUUUAACUUAGACCCAGUCUUUGUCACGUUACUGUCUUUGUUUUCACUUGUCUGUGGAGAUUUUUUAAAAUUCGUUUUACUCCAGAUGAGGACAACGAGUUCAUGCUUGAUCUUACCUGAGCAGCUCCUAAUACAAAACUCUACAUUUCGUACGACCACUUUUUUUUUUCUUGGCUCAUUGGAUAACGUCAGCUGGCUUUCAAUACAUGCAGUACCUUCUUUUUUUUCGUAAUUGCCAGUGAAAUGUGCUAUUUUCUUCUCCCUCUCUGUACCGCUGCUGUGCUACGCUGGACUGAGCACAGUGGGCGCUAGAGCAGGCACAAGCAGGAGGGAGGAGAAAAAAAAAACCCUCAAGCGCACAGUGAAAAGCGUCUGUGCCGUUACCUCAGCUGAACCUUCAGAUGAACUCGUUGCACUGCCCCAGUCACGGAGCCAGGAGACGAAUCACUCGAGUAGAUUCAAAACAGAGGGGUACUGUUGAGCGAGCUGAACCCUGCGCUCUGCACCAGCUCUAGCCAGAACAUUCACAUCUCCUCUUUCCUUCUGUCAUGGUAAGUCGGAUUAGGAUUCUUUUUUUUUCCUUUUUUUUCCCCCAUUGUUGUCGUCUGUACAUGCGUCCCUCACUCUCUCGGCCUGUCAGAUAGCUUAUCAGACUGGUGUUGGCUGUUAAGAUUGCAAGGCGACAACAGUCUGUAGGCUGUCUGACAUUUCGGGCUCUUUCAUCUGACCAGCAUCCUGUUUUGUCCUCUUUCUGUUAUUAUCAUUGUCUCAGUUAGCAUCACUUCCCAUUUAGAGGUGUGUGCUGCAAUGUCACUUCUCUUUAUCCCAACCGCUAGUGAAACGUCAGAGACAUGGGUCUAUUGUUUAUUUCCUUCAUGCUGACGUCUGUGAGGGUUUUAUGUGGUUUCAUGUGGGGAACUGUGUUUUCUCAUGUUUGCAAAUGCAGAUGUGAUAUCAAUAGUGUACUUCUGUAUCUAUAUGAGUAUGAGUAUGAGUGUGUGAGAGAGAGAGAGAGAGAGAGUUGGCUCUGUCCUCUUGAAUUUCCAGAGAAUCCAGACAGUACACACCUUAUUGCAACACAUCACAUUGUGACACCCUGUCCUAGGUAUGGUACACUUAGUGCUCUCCCCUUCCCUUUUACACUUCCCUCUUCUCUUUCACAGAGUACUUUCUUCUGUUGCUCAAUACACACUUUUUGUAGGAGGCUGCAUUUUAUUGGAACAACUCUCUUGAGGGGGUGUUUUUCUAAGAGCCACAAAUUGGUAAUUAUACAAAGCUGAAAAUCAUUGCUUGACCAGUGGAUACUUUUGCCGCAAAGCCUCAGUUUUAUUUUAGAUUCUUUUUCUUUCUAGAACAGAGCAAAAGGGUGAAACUUUUUCCUGGUCAUAAAAGCAAAAUCAUUGGAUAACACUGGAAUGGCUCGCUGGCCUAGAGAGUGUUUUUCUUGGCAGUUUCAGGAUGUCCCGUUCCAUAAGGGAGCCCCCUUUUGGCAUGCCUGUCUGAAUGUUGUGUGUGCAUGUUUGUCUAGAAAUUCUGUUUAUAUUUCUAUGUGUAAGUGCCUGUAUUUCUUGUCUAAUAGAUCUCUGUACCUGAGUUAUUUUAAAUGUGUAUGCACUGUUUAUUUUUUCCAUCUGCUUUCACUAUAAAUAAAGUCUGUUGAAAAGAG